ACAUGGCAGGGGAGAGCCCUCUUUAUCUUGCUGUUGAGAGGGGAUAUCACGAUAUUGUGGAUCUGAUUUUAGGAACUUGUAAAUCACCAUCUUAUCAUGGUCCUCAUUUUACAACGGCUUUGCAUCGUGCAGCAAUGGGGAACUCCUUAGAAUGCGUGAAAUUGCUAUUAGGCAAGUUGCCAAAUCUCACAAAGGAGGCAGAUCGUGAUGGACAGACUGCAUUACAUAUUGCUGCAAAACUUGGUCACCAGGAAGUUAUAAAAUUACUACUGUCAGCCGAUAAGUCUAUGGCCUAUACCAGGUCUUGCAAGGUUAACUCCAAGACGUCCAAUACAGCCCUACAUUUAGCAGUGAAGUUUGGGCAUUUAAAUGUGGUAAAAGAAAUUUUAUCACACUGCCCGGAUUGUUGGGAGAUGCGCAAUGGUUAUAACCAGAACAUUCUUCAUCUUGCUGUGGUAAAAGAGCAGAAACAAUUGUUGGACUUCAUCUUAGACAACGUUUGGGCUUCUGAACUCAUCAAUGAGAGGGACCUUGAUGGAAAUACUCCUCUCCAUCUUUAUGCUGCUACUAAAAAUUUGGAUGGCUGUAAUCUCAUAAGUCACAUCCAUGCAGAUAAGAAUGCCUUCAAUUUUGCUAAUUUCACUCCGCUAGAUGUGGUCGUACAAGCUUCUGAUCAGACUGAAAGACUGAAUGUAAUCAAGGAUGAGCUGGAGAGAAAUGGUGCUACUCGAGGAUUUCGAUGUAGUGGAACUAGAUUGAAAGGAAAGCGUGGAAAAGCACUUUGCGAAAGCAACCAAUGUCAUCGACCAGAAGAAGAUUCAAAAAGCAAAGCUGACACUUAUUUGAUAGUUGCUGCACUGAUACUAACAGUCACUUUUGCGGCUGGUUUUACUGUUCCAGGAGGCUAUGAAAAUGGUGAUGGUCCAAAUAAAGGCAUGGCAGUUCUAAGACACAAACGAUCUUUCAUUGUCUUUGUAAUUGCUGAUAUGAUUGCCUUGGUAUACUCCUCAGCAGCAGUUUUUAUACAAUAUAUGUUUUCACCUUCAGAGGGUGAAUACUUCUUAUGGCACAGUUUUCCUACUACACAUGGGAACAUUAGAAUUGCCCUGAUGGCAAUGGUGACUGCAUUUAUUUCGGGCCUGUUUGCUGUGCUUUCAUCACCGAUAAUGAAAGCCUUGCUAUGUUCUUUGGGGAUCACUUCAUUGCUUGGGUUUAUGGGAUUUUUUGUAAUUUUUACAAAUGGAUACCGCUGCUUUCAGCUCAACAACGCUGGAAAUCGGUGUAAGAUCAUUUUGUCAGUGUGGCCCGUGUGGGGUGGCGGACUUGGAUUUGCAAUUGGUAGGAUCCUGUAUUAG